AUGGCCGUGUCCGAAGCGGCUCCCAAAUUCGCGCCAUUCUUCGGCAUGGCCGGCAUUGCAGCAGCCAUGAUCUUCGGGUGUAUUGGAGCAGCAUACGGAACGGCCAAGUCGGGUAUUGGCAUCGCUGGUGUUGGAACGUUCAGGCCAGAUCUCAUCAUGAAGUGUCUGAUCCCCGUUGUCAUGUCCGGUAUCAUCGCCGUUUACUCCCUCGUCAUCUCCGUCCUCAUCGCCGAAGACAUGCAGCCGCCGAGCAACCAGAGCUACACCUUAUUUAGCGGCUUCAUGCACCUGGCGUGCGGCAUCUCCGUCGGCAUGACAGGCCUGGCUGCUGGCUAUUGUAUCGGAAUCGUUGGUGACAAGGGCGUCCGCGCAUACAUGGAACAAUCAAGAGUCUUCGUUGGCAUGGUUCUGAUCCUCAUUUUCGGAGAAGUUUUGGGUCUCUAUGGACUUAUCGUGGCUCUUAUUCUUAACACCAAGACCAAGGGUUAA